CAGUAUAAAUAAGUGGUGCUCAGUUUACGGCGAGCUCGUUUGCUCUCCCUCUCUAUUUCUCUCUCUCCGUCUCCGGCAGAGUCAAAGGAAAGUAGAGGGCAAAAGUUUUCUCUGGUCUAACAAGCAAGGGAGAUUGAAGCUCUAGUCAGUUCCAUCGUCUGCAACUUUAGAGGCGGAUCGGCAAUCACAAGAAAAGUUUGUUUUUACUGUUUGCUUUUCCUUUUUAACUUGUUGCUGACUGCCAUAAAUCGUGGCGACUGCAAAUCAUUACUUAUACCGCUUUGUCGGAAUAAAGCUUUAGGGCUCCUGGAGUAGGUUUUAUGCCCGUAUACCUUUCUCAUUUCUUCGGUAGAUUGAAUGACGGAAAGGUAACGUUUAGGGUUUCUAAUUCAAGGAGGUGAAUAGCGGAUUCGGAAGCUAAGUUCUUGGGAAGUCUCGGAGGGUUUUCGAUUUCGGGUGAUCGGUGGGGAGUGGGGACUGGAUGAAGGAGAAGAGGAGUAAGAUGUGCUGAGAGAUGAGGUUUGGGAUAUAUGAGAAAUGGGGUGUGUACUUGGAAGAGAGGUAUCGUCCCCGGCGGUUUCUAAGGUAAAGCACAAGGCAAAGGAGAGGGAAAGGGAGAAGGAGAAUGAGAGGAACCUCUCUGUCUCGUCGGGUAGGAAGUCGCAGCUUCCGGUGACUAAGAUCGAGAAUACCGAGGUUCAGAAUGGGGAGAACCAGAAGGAGGAGAAGCAGGAAGGGGGUCAACGCCCAAGGGGUGAGAGGAGAAGGUCCAGGCCGAAUCCAAGACUGAGCAACCCACCAAAGCAUGUACAUGGAGAGCAGGUCGCUGCUGGAUGGCCAUCUUGGCUCUCUGCUGUCGCCGGUGAGGCGAUCAGUGGUUGGACUCCUAGGCGGGCGGAUAGUUUUGAAAAGCUGGACAAGAUUGGUCAAGGAACUUACAGCAAUGUAUACAAAGCUAGAGAUACUUUGUCGGGAAAAAUUGUUGCAUUAAAGAAGGUCCGAUUUGACAAUUUGGAGCCUGAAAGUGUAAAAUUUAUGGCAAGAGAAAUUCUUAUCUUGCGGCGGUUGGAUCAUCCGAAUGUUGUCAAAUUACAGGGCUUGGUGACUUCAAGGAUGUCAUGUAGCCUGUACCUUGUAUUUGAUUACAUGGAACAUGAUUUGGCUGGACUCGCUGCAAGCCCAGGCAUUAAGUUUACAGAACCCCAGGUGAAAUGCUAUAUGCAUCAACUAUUGUCAGGACUUGAGCACUGUCACAACCGAGGUGUAUUGCAUCGCGACAUUAAGGGCUCCAAUCUCCUUCUUGACAAUGGAGGAAUACUUAAGAUUGCCGAUUUUGGUUUGGCUUCAUUUUUUGAUCCUAACCACAAGCAACCCAUGACCAGUCGCGUGGUCACCUUAUGGUAUCGGCCCCCAGAACUCCUCCUAGGGGCUACUGACUAUGGUGUAGGUGUGGACCUAUGGAGUGCGGGUUGUAUUCUAGCUGAGUUGCUUGCCGGGAAGCCUAUCCUGCCUGGACAUACAGAGGUGGAGCAACUGCAUAAAAUUUUCAAGUUAUGUGGCUCUCCUAAUGAGGAUUAUUGGAAAAAAUUAAAAUUGCCUCAUGCAACUGUUUUUAAGCCCCGGCAACCAUACACACGAUGCAUAGCACAGACGUUUAAAGACUUUCCACCAUCAUCAUUACCACUUAUUGAUACUCUUCUUGCAAUUGACCCAGCUGAGCGUCAGACUGCCACAGCUGCAUUAAGGAGUGAAUUCUUCACUACCAAGCCUUAUGCAUGUGAACCUUCAACCCUUCCACAAUAUCCUCCAAGCAAGGAGAUAGAUGCUAAAUUACGAGAUCAAGAAGCCAGAAGGCUAAGAGCUGCUAGCAAAGCCAAUGGUGAUGGUGUGAAGAAAACUCGGGCACGUGAUCGACCAAUAAGGGCAUUUCCUGCUCCAGAAGCCAAUGCUGAACUUCAAGGCAAUAUUGAUAAACGGCGACUAAUUACACAUGCAAAUGCGAAGAGCAAGAGCGAGAAGUUUCCACCACCGCACCAAGAUGGAGGAGUGGGUUACCCCUUGGGUUCAUCGCAUCACAUAGACGCAGAAUUCGACCACCCAGAUGUCCCAUUCAGUUCGACAGCAUUCACAUAUUCAAAAGGAGCAAUGCAAACAUGGUCAGGUCCCUUGGUGGAUCCUGCAGCACCUGUGAGACGGAAGAAGCAGAAUAGUGUUGAUGCUCGCACAACUGUUUACUCGUCAAAUUCAAAACCACCACCGAACAAGGACCAGGGUGGGGGUGGUCGCGUCAAGGAUAAGGAGGAAGGGACUGCUGCUGCUUUAACUAAAAUGUAAAAGAAAGAUUAAUGAUUAAUGAUGAUUCCUGAGUCCCUCCCUCAAUCCAGUGGGCGCCAGACACCUCUCCUGUGGGUGCUUUGCUUGCUUGCUUAGACACCAAGUUUCUUAUAAAAUCGGCCAUCCAUGAAAAAUGCUCUGUUAUUAUUAAUUCAAACCUUUAAAAAAAAAGUGAAUAGAGAGAGAGAGAGAGAGAGAGUGGUAGGCGGUGCUCUUUAAUUUUUUUCCCCUCUUGCUUCACGGCCUUAAAAAUUGUUGUGGCCUUGCGGGGGAAGGAUGUGGGGUGGGGUUUGGAUUUGGAUUUGGAUUUGGAUGGACAGACCUUUUUUAAUUAGGUCGGGAGAAAGCUUCCUUCCUUUUUAAGAUUAUAAUAUAUUAUGUAUAUUUCGAUUCCUAUGCAUUA